CUGCGCAGAGCUGUUCAAAGCAGAAGGUUGCGCUUGGAGGAAGUGACGGCUUUGGGUGCCGUGGCCGUAGCGUCGUUACUACUUCUCAGAAGCUUCACUCGGCCGCUUGCCGAGACACCCCGCCGCCAAGAUGCCUCGAAUUAUGAUAAAGGGGGGCGUGUGGAGGAAUACUGAGGAUGAAAUUCUGAAGGCAGCGGUAAUGAAAUAUGGGAAAAACCAGUGGUCUAGGAUUGCCUCACUGCUGCAUAGAAAAUCAGCAAAACAGUGCAAAGCCAGAUGGUAUGAGUGGCUGGAUCCCAGCAUUAAGAAAACAGAAUGGUCCAGAGAAGAAGAAGAAAAACUCUUGCACUUGGCCAAGUUGAUGCCAACUCAGUGGAGGACCAUUGCUCCAAUCAUUGGAAGAACAGCUGCCCAGUGUUUGGAACACUAUGAAUUUCUUCUGGAUAAAGCUGCCCAGAGAGACAAUGAAGAGGAAACAACAGAUGAUCCACGAAAACUUAAACCUGGAGAAAUAGAUCCAAAUCCAGAAACAAAACCAGCACGGCCUGAUCCGAUUGAUAUGGAUGAGGAUGAAUUGGAGAUGCUUUCUGAAGCUAGAGCCCGCCUGGCUAAUACUCAGGGAAAGAAAGCCAAGAGGAAAGCGAGGGAGAAACAGUUGGAAGAAGCAAGGCGUCUUGCUGCCCUCCAAAAGAGAAGAGAACUUCGAGCAGCUGGCAUAGAAAUUCAGAAGAAAAGAAAAAAGAAGAGAGGAGUUGAUUAUAACGCUGAAAUCCCAUUUGAAAAAAAGCCUGCUCUUGGUUUCUAUGAUACUUCUGAGGAAAACUACCAGGCUCUUGAUGCUGAUUUCAGAAAGUUAAGACAACAGGAUCUUGAUGGGGAGCUGAGAUCUGAAAAAGAAGGACGAGAUAGAAAAAAAGACAAGCAGCAUUUGAAAAGGAAAAAAGAAUCUGAUUUACCGUCAGCAAUUCUUCAAACUAGUGGUGUUUCUGAAUUUACUAAAAAGAGAAGCAAACUAGUACUACCUGCCCCUCAGAUUUCAGAUGCAGAACUCCAGGAAGUUGUAAAAGUAGGCCAAGCAAGUGAAAUUGCACGUCAAACUGCUGAGGAAUCUGGCAUAACAAACUCGGCUUCCAGUACUCUCUUGUCUGAGUACAAUGUCACCAACAACAGCAUCGCUCUGAGAACACCACGAACACCAGCUUCCCAGGACAGAAUUCUGCAGGAAGCCCAAAACCUCAUGGCUCUGACCAACGUGGACACCCCAUUAAAAGGUGGACUUAACACCCCUUUGCACGAGAGCGACUUCUCAGGUGUGACUCCACAGCGGCAGGUUGUACAGACUCCAAACACAGUUCUUUCUACCCCAUUCAGAACUCCUUCUCAUGGAUCUGAAGGGCUGACUCCCCGGAGUGGGACAACUCCCAAACCAGUUAUUAACUCCACCCCGGGUAGAACGCCUCUUCGAGACAAGUUAAACAUUAAUCCCGAGGAUGGAAUGGCAGAUUACAGUGAUCCCUCUUAUGUGAAGCAGAUGGAAAGAGAAUCUCGUGAACACCUCCGUUUAGGGUUGUUGGGCCUUCCUGCCCCUAAGAAUGACUUUGAAAUUGUUCUACCAGAAAAUGCCGAGAAGGAACUGGAAGACCGUGAAAUAGAUGACACUUACGUUGAAGACGCUGCUGAUGUGGAUGCACGGAAGCAGGCCAUACGAGAUGCAGAGCGUGUAAAGGAAAUGAAACGAAUGCACAAAGCUGUCCAGAAAGAUCUGCCAAGACCAUCAGAAGUAAAUGAAACUAUUCUAAGACCCUUAAAUGUAGAACCACCUCUGACAGAUUUACAGAAAAGUGAAGAACUAAUCAAAAAAGAAAUGAUCACAAUGCUUCAUUAUGACCUUCUACAUCACCCUUAUGAACCAUCUGGAAAUAAAAAAGGAAAAACUGUAGGAUUUGGUACCAAUAAUGCAGAGCACAUUUCCUAUCUGGAACAUAACACUUACGAAAAGUUUUCCAAAGAAGAGCUGAAAAAGGCCCAGGAUGUUCUGGUACAGGAGAUGGAAGUGGUAAAACAAGGUAUGAGCCACGGAGAACUCUCAAGUGAAGCUUAUAACCAGGUGUGGGAAGAAUGCUACAGUCAAGUUUUAUAUCUUCCUGGGCAGAGUCGCUACACACGGGCCAACCUAGCUAGCAAAAAGGACAGAAUUGAGUCACUGGAAAAGAGGCUUGAGAUAAACAGGGGUCACAUGACGACAGAAGCCAAGAGAGCUGCAAAGAUGGAAAAGAAGAUGAAAAUUUUGCUUGGGGGUUACCAGUCUCGUGCAAUGGGGCUCAUGAAACAGUUGAAUGACUUAUGGGACCAAAUUGAGCAGGCUUACUUGGAGUUACGCACUUUUGAAGAACUCAAGAAACAUGAAGAUUCUGCUAUUCCCCGGAGGCUAGAGUGUCUAAAAGAAGAUGUUCAACGACAACAGGAAAGAGAAAAGGAACUUCAGCAUAGAUACGCUGAUUUGCUGCUGGAGAAAGAGACUUUAAAGGCCAAAUUCUGAAGCAUAUUCUCUCACAAGAUGAAUUAAUUGCUGGUGUUCAUACCCUGGAAGGCUGAUACUGAUGUUUAUCUUCAUUGACAAAUUUGCCCACCAUCUGUGGUUUUUCAGUUGUUUAUUUUAAAUGAUAUCGAUCUUACACAUUUAUGUAUAAAGACUUUGUAACUCCACAGGACAUUUUAGGAUUUAAAUUAUUAAGACGAUCAUUCUUUUAGAAGUGUCAUAUUUGCAGAUUUUUUUUAGUUUUGGCCUUUAAUUUUAAAAGCCUGAUUUUAAACUGCCUGGAGUAAACUCUCGAAUAAAAACAAAAUAUAAAAACUUGAGAAUGUAGCCUUUUGUUUGAAGUAAUUAGAUACUUAGAGUGCCCACAAACCAGCAAAUAUGUACUCUGUGUCAUAUUUAAUGAGUAACUCUCGGGUGAUCAAAAUGGCGAUCCAGUAUCUUAAUUUAAAUCCUUAAGAGGCAAUCCUUCUGUGGCUUUGUUAGUUUUGACUGUUUUUGCAUAGGAUGGUCAUUUCUCUAUACGUUGACAAGAUAGAUUAACUUUUUAAUACCUCAGUGUUUUUUUCAGUUUAACUUUAGGAAGGUCUCUUCUCUGCCCAGCUACUUACACAGUUCAUGGAUUAGGACUCAAAAGAUUUAACUUUUCUUGACCUGUUAUUUUCUUGUAAACAUUUUUUUGACGAAGGCAUUUUAAAGAUUAAUUUCAACAGUACUAUCAAACUUUAUUAAAGCUCCUUGUUUAUCUAAACAAGUCAGUCACACAAGUGUAGAAUUUGGGGAAUGCAUAGAGGUGGGAAGAUCUAACUUUAUAACAAUUCAUAUGGAAUCGUUAGUUGGCUACAGUUCAGUGUAAGCCAGUAAUAUGUUGGACUCACCAGAAAGUUUGCUUAGUCUUAGACUGCUAGGAAUUAAAGGGAGGGGAUGGAGGGACUCAUUCAUUCGUCAGGUGUUUAUUGACUGUAUAGCCAGUGUCUGAGUCCUGGAGAUAGAACAGUGACUAAAAUAGGCAGGGUUCCUGUUCUGUGGAGUUUACAGUCUAUUGAGAAUGAUAGACAAUGAAAAUUCAGGGAAGAAGAGCGACUCUUCUUAUGCACCAGGCGCUUAUUUAAGUUUUGGAGAUGAACAGUUAUUAAGACAAAGUUCUUGCUCCCAUGUAGGUGACAUUAGUGGGAGGAAUACCAAACAUACAGGGAAAAGUAUCAGAUCGUGAACUUUAGAUUUAGUGGAGGGAAUUAAAAUAGGGUGAUGAGAGAUAGUACCUGGGUGGCUGCUGUAGGUUGGAUGAUCAAAGAGCUCUCUGAGGAGAUGUAGUUGGCAUCUUAGAAGGAGCCAUCCUUGUGAGGUUCAGGGAAGAGCAGUGCCGACAGAGUGAAGAACUAGCACAAAGCCGCUUCGGUGUAUUUGAGGAGCAGAAAGGAAGACAGUGUGAUUAGAGCGUCAGCAAUGGCAUUUGUAUGAGUCCUGGUUGGAUAGGGCCAUAUAGGAAGCUGUCGUAAGGAAUUUGGGUCUUAUUCUAACUAUGAUGGGAAGCUGUGAGAAGAUUUUAGCAAAGGAAUGACACUAUCAGAUUUAUCCUGUGGCUAUACUGUUAUGUCUCACCAGGCUGAAGGUAGGGAAGCCAGUUAAUGUAGGAGCCUGAUGCAGUAAUCCAGGCAAACAACAAUAGCGACUCAAACUAGGAUAGAGCCAGUCCUGAUGGAGACAGGUUGGAAGAAUUUGAGCAGUAAUAAUUCUGUAGUCUCAUCUGUAGUCUUUAUAAAUAAAUUUAUGUUUUCCAGGUAUCUAGUCACUUAAUUCUAGUACUUUUUUCAGUAAUUUCACAUGUAUUUUUAGGAAAUACUUUGAUCUAUGGUUAAUGAUAAUGUUUCUUCUAAUAGUUUUAUUUAAUUUUUAUUGCAUGUUUUGUUGGCUGAAAUGUUAAAUAAUGACGAUGGUGAUAGUGGACAUUCUUGUUUUAGUUCUCAUUUUAAUGGGUGUGUCAAUAGUGUUUUACCUGUAGGUUGGCUGUUUUGAAUCAGGUAUUCCUUUCUUUAUCUAGAAAGGAAAUACCCUCUAUUUUUAGAUUUUAAAGAAUUUGAAUUAGAAGUGGCUCUGGAACUUUGUCAAAUACACUUUUUGGGUAUCCAUUGAGAUGAUCGUAUUUUUUUUUGGUUUUUUCUUUUUUUUUCAUUUGAUUUGUUGAUGAUGCUUUAAUAGAUUUUCCAACAUCAAACCAUCUUUGAACUCCUGGAAUCAGGUCAGUUAGUUAAAAAAAUUUUUUUUUAAAGAUGUACAGUUUACUUGCUUUGUAUGUAGACUUGAGUUAUAAAGUUUAAAAAUAGCCGAUCAAAUAAUAUUAAUAAAGAGUCACUUUGUUUUUGAAAUUUGAAGUAAUGCACAUACCCAUAUCCUAAAAAAUGACCAAGAAUUUCAUCGUUUUGAAACUGGCAGUCUUUCUGCAAUUGUAAACUGCUCAUGAUUUUGCCUUUUAGCAGUGCAGCUUUAACUGAUAAACAGAUGUGCCAUCCUUUGUCAGUGUCCUGUAGUGCCUCGGGGUUCUUUACCAACACCCUCUGAGAGCAAUUUGGGUGGCUGUUUUAACAUUCACCUUUAUUGUAUUCUCUUACAGGCGUUCAUUAAGUGGUGGUAUACAAACUAGUGUUCAAAAGCUCGUUCAAGUUUCAGUAAAUUUGGGGCAGAAAUUAAAUGUGAUAAAGAGCCAAAAGAAACCACCACUAUGAGUGAGAGCUCUCUUUGAGAUUAUCAAUAUUAGAAAUAAUGGUGAGAUAAGAAAAAGUAGCCUCAAAGAAAAAAAUACACUACAGUGAUUGUAGACUUAACGCUCUCCAACCAUGCAUCCUCUAUCUUUACAUUUAUUUUCCUGGGAAAAUUAGUUUUGAAAUAUGGGAUGUCCUUUGGAAUCCAUUUCUCCUAAAAUGUGACUGCCCUAUUGCUACUAUAGAAUUUGAUUUGCUAAUAUUUUAUUUAGGAAAAUUGCUUUUUUACAUGAGUGUGUUUGGUCUUUUGGGCUAUCGUCCAAGUUUUGACAUAAGGGUUUUGCUAGCUCUAUAAAGUGAAUAGGAUAACUGUAUAUAUUUUUCUGUAGUUAUAUAUAACAGUUAAUAUAGCAGUUAUAUUAUAGCAUGGGAGUGAUUUGUUCCAUGAAGAAUUGAAGGACCAUGCUUAUAAAACUUUUGAGUUCAGACUCCUUUUAGGAAAUAAAUUUUUGAUAACUACCAGUCUCUUUUGUGCUAUUAGUAUGUUAUGUUUUUUUAAGUUUAAGUAACUUUAAAA